UUUCUGACGCUGUAGCGGCGCUCACCAUUGAUCAUCGAGCAGCGAGACCCUCCAUGGAUUGAUACUGCCCUCUCUUUCUCAGUCCAACUAAUCUCCCGAAUUCAUGACCUCUUCCAGUCCUCCGACUCCCAACGUUUCUGUUUCGCCUCCUCGCACGGGUACCUUUACGUCAACAAAUCCCAAAUCUUACUCUUUCGACCAGGGCAGAAGAACAACAAGGCCCAAGGAAAGCCAAUUCAUCUACAAGCAUGGCCAGCGACUCCAUUCUUUUGACCCGGAAAAAGCACCGUACCCUCUAUCGUACGACCGAUAUGUCUUGGAGCUGGAAUCUUUAGACAAUCGUUUUGUGAAGCAUCUCAGGAAGGGAUCCAUGUCGUUUCUCAAUCUUAGUACUGCUGAGAAACCAAGUCGUUGUCUGGACUUAGGCUGUGGGACCGGUACUUGGAUCAUCGAUGCUGCAAAGGAGUGGCCAGAUUGUGAAUUUGUCGGCUUUGACCUCGUCAACAUUCAGAUACCCUUAAGUAUGACGAACAGCUCAAUAUCCAAUCGAAUCCAGUGGGUGCACGGAAAUUUCUUGACUACGAAACUUCCUUUUGAAGAUGACGAGUUCGACCAUGUCCAUGUACAAUCUAUUGCAAGCGGGGUACCAGAGAACAAAUGGGAUGUCCUAUUUGACGAAAUCAAUCGCGUGCUUCGGCCUGGCGGAUCCAUCGAAUUCAUUGAAGAUGAUGUGUUUUUCCCUUCCCUACCGAGGUGGUUUACGACUUCACUGCGAGUGCGACCGCGGCGGGCGACGUCUGUGCAUUUACCCGAUGGUUCCUUGCGUGGGAGUGUUCCGUAUCCUGACAUCUCUGUGGAAUGUCCAAGUCAUGAUCAUGCCCUUCUCGAAUCACUAUAUACCUCUGUGUUUGAACAUCGUUUCAUCAACACCAAACCUUCUGCUUUAUUGCCAAGUUAUUUUGCAACCUAUUUCAGACACAUCACUCUAGGUCCCAUCAUUAGCUUCUCCAUGCCGCCCCUCACGCCCCUUCAACCUCUGCCACCUCAGCUCGCAACUGCAUAUGCUAUCGAACUUUCCACAUCUGAUUCUCCGGACCAACGUUCUUCCUUGACACUUUCCUCUCCAUCCGUUAUUGGCAAAGGUCGACCAAAUCUAUCUUUCUCAUCUACUUUGUCAGCUGCUUUGGUUACACCAUCUGAAAUCAGUACAAAGGGAAAAUAUCCGACUUCGAUCCUCUGUCCAGACAAUAAAGACACAAUGACCUUCUGUGAAGUCGAUCAACUUCGUCCCACUCAGGGUCAACCUGCUUCCACGCGACCGAAACUUUAUUCUCUUGAUAGUUCCCUCAUCGAGAAAACAGUGCAUGCCUUACCACCCGAUUUGAUCCAGCAUGAACAACUUGAUAAGAUGAGCGAACGGUCGUUGGCUAUGCAUCUUUAUCGGUCGUACAGUCUGGUGCUGGCGUGCCAAGAAGCAAUAUGGGAGGAAUUGAAAGACCGACUUCGGAAUAGAAAGGAUGAACUGAAGCCCUACGGAUGGGACGACGAUGAGGAACUGGAAGAAUUACACAAUCGCAAAAAAUUUGAACGGUUAAUUGAGAGAUAUCAGAAAGAUAUGAAGCAUCGGAUCUCUUUGUGGAGCUCGUUAUCAGACAUGGACUGGCUUCUACCAACUCGGGAGCCACUGUCGAAGGCCGAACUUAUCGAAGAGGAAAGACUGCGUGAAGCCAUGCUAGAGGCAAGAAGGUGGGCAUCGCCCGAGGACCUACAACGCCCAUGUCGAUCGUUUCGGGUCCUCAUUGGUUUCAAACCAUGCGACUCUCCUACGCAACCACUGACACUUGUUCAUACUCACGAUUCGACUCGAGCUCGAAUGGACCAUGACAUUGCAUAGAUAUCAUAUUCACGAUUUCUGUAUUCCCUUACGCUGUUGUUGUACUGUACAACAUACGAAGACGCCAUCACUUGUACCCAUAGCUUGUUACGAAUACGCGUCGAUUUCUUAUAUUUUUAAAAACCAUUCAAUUUAUGUCAAAC